AUGAGUACAGCUUUGGGAGCACCCUGGGUCGAGAAAUACAGGCCUGAAACUUUCCAAGAUAUCAUUUCCCACGAGGACAUCAUGUCCACCCUGAUGGUUUUCGCUGAGAAAGGGCAACUUCCUCACUUGCUGUUCCACGGGCCUCCAGGUGCCGGGAAGACUUCUACAAUCAUGGCCAUCGCUCGCUAUUUGUACGGAAGUCAGCGCAACGGCUUCGUUUUAGAGCUUAACGCCUCCGACGAGAGGGGUAUUGACACGGUCAGGGAGCAAAUUAAGUCUUUUUCUGAGACUUCGAACACUUUUUCGAGCACGUCCGCCAACGAGGACCCUCCGCGCACGACCCUGAAGCUGAUCAUCCUCGAUGAGGCUGACCAGAUGACCAACGCUGCUCAGAACGCCCUGAGGAGGAUCAUGGAGAUAUACUCGAACAACGUUCGCUUCUGCCUGAUUUGUAACUUCAUGAACAAGAUCAUUCCUCCCAUUCAGUCCAGGUGCACUGGGUUCCGCUUCCAGCCCCUCAAGCCUGAGCUCGUGCGGCAGAAGAUAAAGGACAUUGCCGCGAUUGAGAAGGUGAGCGUUUCCGAGUGUGCCCUUGACACUCUGGUUGACAUUGGCCAGGGCGACAUGAGGCGCGUGCUCAACUGCCUUCAGGUCACCGCAAUGUCCUAUGCCAAGGGCUCCGACGUCGUCAUCGACUCCAACCUCAUUUUGGCAACUUCCGGGCUCCCCAAAACGCUUGAAAUAGACCACCUGCUUCAGAGUCUAAUGCAAAAUUCUUUCAAGGAGUGCGUCGAUGAGUUAAAUGAGCUCCACCACACUAAGGGCUACUCGGUUGAGGACUUAGUUAGGGGCGUUUACAAGGCAGUUCUCAAAAUCGACUGGCCGAACGUGCCAGUAAUUCAACUUCUAAUACGCCUUGCUGAUAUCGAGGAGCGCCUUUCUUCUGGUGCCAACACUUCAAUUCAAAUAGCUGCUCUUGUGAGUUCCUUCGCCGAGGCGCGCUAUGAGAUAGAGAAAAUCAAGUUUGAUAUAAAAAACUCAUAA